UUGACAGAUGAUUUUGUAAUAGAGUUUCUAUUCUAAUUUGUAAUAAUUUAACCUUUUUCAUAACACGUUACAUCACAUUUAAAGUAUUUUUAGUUUAAAUUCAUGAAAAAGAAAGAUCCUUGUAAAGCUUACGCUUGUAAAAUACAAGAUUGUUUAAACGAUCGCAAUUAUAAAGAAGAUUCUUGUAAAGACGUAAUUCAAGAUAUGAUAGAUUGUUGUCGCCGUUGGGGUGACCGAAGUUUCGUUUGCGAAGGUUUCAAAGUUAAUUCCGACAAGAAAAAGCCGGAAUGAAUUAUUACAGGCAACAAAAAAAGAGUUUAAAGUGGUCACAACGUAACCCGAGAUUAUUUAUCGGAAUAUUAACAACUUGCGCAUUAUCCGUGUUGUUUUCGCGUCCGAUUUACGACUUUUUCAUCAGUAAGGAGGAACGCCCCAGUUUAGAGGAGUUACUUGCGACGCAUAAAUCUCGUUUUAGGGAUUAAAUGGAGUCCGUUCAAAAAGCACGUCACCGAUUUCGUCAAUAUCCUUUUAUAUUGGCCGGUUGUAAAACGGAAGCGGGAAAUUACGCAAAGUGCGUUUUAAAGAAAAGUUCGAUUGAAAUGAACGAUUGCGCGACUGAAUUUAAACUGUUUAAGAAUUGUUUACAAAAGAGUGCUGCUAAAUUGAAAACGAAGAUUUAAAAAUGUUUAAGAAAUUCGUUGGAUUAGAGAUUUGGGGUCAUUUAAUUAUUGGGUUUAUUUUGAGGGGGGUUUUAAUAAUUUAUGGGGAUUUUCAUGAUGAUUAUUUUAAAGUUUCUUAUACGGAUGUUGAUUAUAAAGUUUUUUCGGAUGGGGCUCGAUGUGUAAUCGAAGGGGAUUCUCCGUAUAAAAGGGAUACUUAUCGGUAUAGCCCAAUUUUGGCUUUUUUGAUGGUUCCUAAUGUUUUGAUUCAUCAAUCGUUUGGGAAAUGGUUCUUUUCUUUGUUUGAUGUAAUCGCGGGGUAUUUAAUUUAUAAAAUUGUUAAAUUAAAUAGUUUGGUUAAUCAUGAUAAAAAUGAUUUAGAGGUUAAAGCGAAAAUUAGUUCAUUUUUUUGGUUGUAUAACCCCUCUGUUUUUAUAAUAUCAACGCGAGGUAAUUGCGAUGCAAUUUCAUCAAUUUUCGUUUUAUUAACAAUUUAUUUGUUGCAAUGUGACUCACAAUUUUUAGCCGGAUUAAUUCAUGGCUUUGUUAUUCAUUUUCGUUUGUACCCCUUAAUGUAUAGCCUUGCUUAUUUUAUGAAUCAAAAUUCGAAAACUAAUUUGAAACCGACUAAAAUUGUUUAUAUUAAAUACUUAAUUCCUAAUUUUAAACAGUUAAAAUUAAUUUUUGGAACUUUACUCGCAUUAAUUUCGUUAACAACUUUCUUUUAUUUCCUUUAUGGGUACCAAUUUUUAUAUGAAACCUACAUUUAUCAUUUCAUUCGAAAAGACACCCGCCAUAAUUUUUCUUUAUAUUUUUAUCUCCAAUAUUUAUCGGCCGAUUUAAAAAUCGUCAAUAUUUGGCAAAGAAUUCUUACCGUUUUGCCACAAUAUCUGUUAAUAACCGUUUUAUCGAUUCGUUAUGGCUUAAAUAAAUCCUCUUUGUGUUUUUCGUUGUUUUCAAUCACUUUUGUUAUGAUUACUUACAACACGGUUCUUACAUCGCAAUAUUUUAUGUGGUUAAUGGUUAUUUUGCCUCUGUGUUUGUGGCAAAUUAAAAUUAAUAAAUUCACAUCAACAGUAUUGGUUUUAAUUUGGAUUGUGGCUCAAUUAGCUUGGUUGUAUCCGGCUUAUCUUUUGGAGUUUCAAGGAAAAAACACGUUUAUUUUUAUUUGGAUUCAAAGUGUUGCGUUCUUUUCUGCUAAUAUUGGAGUUUUAGGUAGAAUUAUAUCUUGUUAUAAACCAUAGCAAAAAUAGUUUAGGUUUGAUGUUGUUGAUUUCAAUAAAAUUUGUAACAAAUAAAUUUUAAGUUUUUUUAUUAA